CGCUUCACUUACAUUCUUUUCCAGAAAAGAGCAUCUUCCCAUCUUUAGAUAUAAAGGGGAAAGGAGCUUGGGGGAAUGGAGAGACAAGUUGUGCGAAGUAUCGUGUUUCGGAGGGUGUCAGGCACUCUCACUUGAGUGAUCCCUUCCUGUGAAAAAACUCUGUCAACUGCUCACUUUGUUUUUAACCUGGGGCGUGCGUGUGGUGUGAGGGAAAUUUUUAGCUGCUGAGGGGGGCAGGACAUCGGGACACUCAUAGAGAGGAGGACGUCAGGUCAGAUGUGAAGGGACAGUGCGCUGUAUUGAGACGCCGCGGUGUUCCAGCCUCUCUGGGCACUCAUUCCUGGGGUUUGAAUGCACGUUGGGCUGUAAUUAAGAACUCUUGGAGGCGUCCUUAACUUGUGACGUGGUGCUUUUCUUUCCCUCUCGGUGAGAAAGUGGCUCCCUCUUCCCUGGAUCAGGACCUCUGCCAUCCAGAGUCACAAAGACAUUCUGGACAUAUCUUACACACACGCACACACAAACUUAAGGUGAGCACCAAAAACUUGCUCUGCAUUUUGUGUCCUCCGUUUCCAGCUGCUGGGGAGUUUUGAGAGCAUCUUAACUUUGGAGCUCUGGAAAAGAUUCUGACUGACUGGAGAGUCUGUGGAAGUUACCUGCUUGUUACCGUAUCUUGAAGAAGAUUCUUUUGGCUAUAAAAAAUGAAGAGUCUACUUUUUCUGGUGCUGAUUUCUAUCUGCUGGGCUGAACAUACUGGCAACUACACUCUGGAGCAUGACAGAAUUAUUCACAUCCAAGAAAAUGGACCCCGUCUACUUGUGGAAGCAGAACAAACUAAAGUCUUCUCACACAGGGGUGGCAAUAUCACACUACCGUGUAAAUUUUACCGUGACCAUACAUCAGCUGGCUCAGGAACCCACAAAAUUCGUGUCAAGUGGACCAAACUCACCUCAGAUUACCUCAAGGAAGUGGACGUCUUUGUCGCAAUGGGACUCCACCAGAAGAGUUAUGGAAACUACCAGGGCAGGGUGUUUCUGAAAAAAGGCAGUGAAAAUGAUGCUUCUCUUGUAAUCACAGAUAUAACACUGGAGGAUUAUGGGAGAUACAAAUGUGAGGUGAUUGAAGGAUUAGAGGAUGACAUAGCAGUGGUAUCUCUGGAUUUACAAGGUGUUGUAUUCCCUUACUUUCCACGUCUGGGUCGCUACAACCUAAACUUCCACGAGGCUCAGCAAGCUUGUCUGGACCAAGAUUCUGUUAUCGCCUCCUUUGACCAAUUGUAUGAGGCGUGGAGGUCGGGGCUGGAUUGGUGUAAUGCAGGCUGGCUCAAUGAUGGAUCAGUUCAGUACCCUAUCACCAAACCCAGAGAGCCCUGCGGAGGAAAGAACACAGUGCCUGGAGUCAGGAAUUAUGGGUUCUGGGAUAAAGAUAAAAGCAGAUAUGAUGUUUUCUGUUUUACAUCAAACUUCAAUGGCCGUUUUUACUACCUAAUACACCCAACCAAGUUGACCUAUGAUGAAGCUGUGCAGGCCUGCCUCAAGGAUGGAUCCCAGAUUGCUAAAGUAGGCCAGAUAUUUGCUGCCUGGAAACUUGUAGGUUAUGAUCGCUGUGAUGCCGGCUGGCUGGCUGAUGGCAGUGUCCGCUACCCAAUCUCCAGGCCAAGAAGACGCUGCAGUCCUGAUGAAGCAGCAGUGCGCUUUGUAGGCUUCCCAGAUAAAAAACACAAGCUAUAUGGUGUCUACUGUUUCAGGGCGUACAACUGAAAGUACCUAGAGCACAACAAUUUAAAAUUCAUUAAGAACAUGUGAAAGAUUUCUUUUCAAUACGAACUCAUGCAAGUUACCAAAACUGUGAUAAACCUUUUUUACUUACUGUAAAGAGUCAUUUUCAUAAGUCCAACCCUUUAAUUUGGUUUUGUUUUGAUAAUUCCACAGAUAUUUUAAAUUAAUAUAAUUGAAUGAAAGCUCUAGGUAAGGAAGCUUUAGAGCCAAACUCUUUAAGCCACACCAUCCCAACGAAAUAUAUUUUUCAUGAAUGGGGCAUGCAAUAGCUUGACAAUUGCUAGGACUAAAUUAAGGAAUGUAAGGCUACUCAAAGCAGAAGCUUUUACAAGCACAAAUUUUACACAUUUGUACCAUUUUGAGAUGCACUACAAAAAUAAAAUUAGAUCUGCAGUUUUGAAAUACGGUAAUUUUUUCUUAGCGGGUUCAGUGAGGUUUUGCAAAAUAAAAAAAACACAAAAAUAUUUUCACAGGGGGACAAUAUAAUAUAUACAGUUUGAUGAAAACAGCAACUCAAACAGUCCACAAAAUAGGACUUAUUUUACCAUUUAAAAUCUUGCCUUUCAGAAAAAUAAGCUCAUACGUGAGCCAAUGCAUAGCAAAAAGCACAACUAGACCUCCUGAACAUUUCAAUUGUGUUUUUAUUGUGUGUAAAACAUUGAUGAGUGGGUGAAUAAUUAACUAAUGAGUGAACCCUACUUUCUUCUUAAUUCAAACUGAAGAUGCCUGAGAAGUGUUGUAUUACCUUUGAGUAGCUUUACUGAGUUAUUUUUAAACUCUAAAGGCCAUUUGCUAAGCAGCAUUUAGCAUCUACUCAGGGCAGUUGUAUAGAUGAACUGCUGGACAGACAAAUUGUAAAAUUUAGCAGCUUGAUUUUAUGUUAGCCUUUAAAAUGUUAUUGUCUUUAUAAAAAAAAAAAAUCAAAUAUUUCUCUGUUACUUACACGUCAUGAAAGAAACAUUUGGAAAAACACAUUACAAAUCAAUACAGUCUCUACAAUGGCAAAGAAAAAUCUAGUCCCAACAAGCAAAGAUAAAAAACAAAACAACCCCACCAUAUUUCCUGUUUGUAUGCAUACUUAAGCCCAAUUUACAUCCCAAUACAAAUAUUACUGUUUCUAAACCCAUCAAAGAAAAAUAGUAAAUGUGGUCAAUUCCACCUGGUUUUAGGAUUGAUCAUUAUUAAGAUUAAUGGAAAACUCUAGAAAUUGUUAGCAAUUUCACCACAAUCUGCAGAGGUCUGCAUGGGAGACAUUUACCUUUGUCUUCCAGUAUAACAGAAAGAAAGCACUAUG